AUGGCUUGGCUGGAUCGGAUUAAGGUGGACCCGUCGGCAGUCCUUCGCUAUAGCAGCCCCCACGCAGAGAACAUGGGCAAUGGUCUGCGCCGCUUCGAGGUGCUGGACAACAACGCGCAAAUCUGUGGCUGGGUCAUGUUGGAUGAAUCAUGGAUCGAGAUAGUGGCCAAGCGCGAUGCCGAAACGCAUGAAUUCAUUUUGCUCUCCGAAGCUAUGAGAGUCGACGAAAACGGGGCCAUCACAGAUGCAGCAACAUCCGAGAGUUGCGCGGCUUUCAACGCCAUGAUGAUUGUCUGGAGCGACGAUAUUGCGCAAAGAGUUGGAAUUGGUCGUAUCAGCGCGUACCUGGGCCGCAAAGGCGAAUGGAAAGAGAUACUCCUCGGUUGA